AGAACAGGCAGCUGGCUGCUUCCUGGCUCAUAUCUGAUAUUGCUGGACUAGUGCCAACACACAGAUAAUUUUCUUACGCUUUUCUGAUAUUAGAAUCGAGAGAAGAUGAAUACUGAACAGAAGAACGCUAUAGACCAUCAGGUGACUGUGGCUCUGCGCAUCCGUCCAUUUAAUUUGAUGGAGACUAAGAAUCGAGCCCAGUGCAUCAUGCACCAACUUGGUCCGCAGACGCUGCUACUGAAGGACCCUGGCGAGGAUCCUUAUGACGUACUGCGCUCGAGCAGGACAAGAGAAACAACAUUCACCUUUAACCACGUGUUCGAUCAGGCAGCUACUCAGGAAAAUGUAUAUGAUUCCACGAUGAAGAACAUAGUGGAUGACAUCCUAGCUGGGUACAAUGCUGCCAUAUUCGCCUACGGCCCAACAGGCACAGGGAAGACCUAUACUAUGAUGGGUAAGCCUCGCGAGCCCGGAGUGAUUUAUCGCACCCUGAAGGACCUGUAUAAGACUAUUGAGGAGACCGGAAGGAGAGAUAAUUUCUCUUUAUCAUUGUCAUAUGCUGAGAUCUACAAUGAAACAAUCCGGGACCUAUUAAAACCUUCUUCUAGAUCUUUGGCCCUCAGAGAGGAUCCUUAUGGUAACACCAAAAUACUAGGGAUUACUGCGUUCUCCCCUAGCACUCCUGAGGAGGCCAUGAAUCUGCUGAAGAUGGGAAACAAAAGGCGCUCUGAAAUAACAACAGCAGCUAAUAAGACCUCAUCACGCUCCCAUGCCAUAUUACAAAUCACCGUAAAACAAACAGGCAGUGAUGGGGUUAGCACAGGCCGCCUGUACAUGGUGGACCUGGCAGGAUCAGAGCGAGCAAGCCAGACUACCAACAGUGGCAAGACCAUGAAAGAAGGAGGUUACAUCAACCGCUCCCUCCUCGCCCUCAGAAAGUGCAUCAUGGCACUGCGCGAGAAACCAGGCAGCCAUAUAAACUAUCGGGACAGUAAACUGACCUGGCUGCUAAAGGGCGCACUGAGCGGGAAAAGCAGAAUGGUCAUGAUUGCACACGUCAGCCCUGCAGAUAGUGCCUUUGAAGAGUCACGCAGCACAAUGACCUAUGGGAGCAAGGCCAAAUUCAUCCAGACACGGGUGGAGAGAAACAGUGUCCCCCAUGGUACUGCUGAGAGGGGCAGGGGGGACAAAGUGCUGCAGAAAGACAUGCAGUUUAUUAUGAGACGCACUAUGGCACCGCUGAUUAAUUUGCCCCGCGUAGUCCCUAUGGCAAAGAAUUUACAGUCUGCACAUGAGAUCAGUGCUACAGCUCGUGCCAGUGCAAAUUCUUACACAUAUCUAGAAUUAGCACGUAGAUGGCUGUAGAAACACCACUUGGGCCGGCAGAAACACCACUUGGGCCGGCCGGCAGGAACACCGUUGGUGGUAAAGGUGAUUAUAAAAAAAAAAAAAAAAAAUGAGAGCUGGGGAUUAGGGCUACU